AUGGGAGCCUUGCAGAUUGCUGGAUUUUCCAUCCUUUUCUUUCUCCUCCACUCUGGAAGCACGCUGGCAAAUAAAGCCAGUCAAGAUGUCGACGAGUGCGUGGAGGGCACCGACAACUGCCAUAUCGACGCCAUCUGCCAGAACACCCCCAAGUCCUACAAGUGCAUCUGCAAGUCCGGCUACACCGGCGACGGGAAGCACUGCAAAGACGUCGACGAGUGCGAGCGGGAAGACAACGCAGGCUGCGUCCAUGAGUGCGUCAACAUCCCCGGCAACUACCGCUGUACCUGCUACGACGGCUUCCGCUUGGCGCACGACGGCCACAACUGCUUAGACCUGGACGAGUGCUCGGAGGGCAACGGCGGCUGCCAGCAGACCUGCGUCAACAUGAUGGGCAGCUACGAGUGCUUCUGCCGGGAGGGCUUCUUCCUCAGCGACAACCAGCACACCUGCAUCCAGCGCCCCGAAGAAGGAAUGAACUGCAUGAACAAGAACCAUGGCUGCGCCCACAUCUGCCGGGAGACCCCCAAGGGGGGCAUUGCCUGCGAGUGCCGCCCCGGCUUCGAGCUCACCAAGAACCAGCGUGACUGCAAACUGACCUGCAACUACGGGAACGGGGGCUGCCAGCACACCUGCGACGACACCGACCAGGGGCCCAAGUGCGGCUGCCACGUCAAGUUUUUGCUGCACUCCGACGGGGUGACGUGCAUAGAGACGUGUGCUGUGAACAACGGGGGCUGCGACAGCAAGUGUCACGACGCGGCCACGGGCGUGCACUGCAGCUGCCCCAUGGGCUUCAUGCUGCAGCCCGACAGGAAGACGUGCAAAGACAUCGACGAGUGCCGGCUCAACAACGGCGGCUGCGACCACAUCUGCAGGAACACGGUGGGCAGCUUCGAGUGCAGCUGCAAGAAGGGCUACAAGCUGCUCAUCAACGAGAGGAACUGCCAAGACAUCGACGAGUGCUCCUUCGACCGGACCUGCGACCACCUCUGCAUCAACACCCCCGGCAGCUUCCAGUGCCUCUGCAACAAGGGCUACACGCUGUACGGGCUCACCCACUGCGGAGACGUCGAUGAAUGCAGCAUCAACCGGGGGGGCUGCAAAUUUGGCUGCAUCAACACGCCCGGCAGCUACCAGUGUACCUGUCCCGCCGGCUGCAAGCUGCACUGGAACAAAAAGGACUGUAUAGAGCUGGUGAAAUGCCUGCCAGGUUCGGUGCCGCCGCGGGCCACCCUCACCUGCAACAAGACAGGCAAGAAGGACAGCUGUGCCCUCACCUGCGCCUCCAAGGCCCGCUUUCUGCCAGAGUCGGACAACAGCUACACGGUGAGCUGUGGGACCCCCGUCCUGCGGCAGGGCGGCCAGCAGAGACCCGCCAACAGCAGCCAGCAGUGCCUCGAGACUGUCGCUGCGCCAAUCAAGCAAAAGGCUUCCUUCAAGAUCAAGGAUGCCAAGUGCCACCUGCACCCGCGGGCCAAGGGCAAGCAGGAUGAGGCCGGGAAAGCUGGGGCGCAAGGUGGUUCAGCACCUUGCUCCGACUGCCAGGUCGCCUUCGUCAACCUCAAGUGCGACUCGUCCAAGAAGGGGAAGGGCCGCCGGGCUCGCAACUCCUCCAACAAGGAGGUGACGCGCAUCACGCUGGAGUUCGAGGCGGAGAUCAAGCCGGAGGAGAUCACAGCCAGCUGCAACCUGCACUGCCUGCGACAGAGAGUGGAGAAAAAGCUGAAGUCGGCCAUCAAAGCCCUGAAGAAAUCCAUCAACCAGGAGCGGUUCCUGCUCCGCUUCGCGGGGAUGGAGUACGAGGUGGCGAGGAAGCUGAGCGUGGCCCCGGAGCGGCAGGAGAGCUGCGGGCCGGGCCAGCAGCGCCUGGGCGGCAAGUGUGUUAGCUGCUCGCAGGGAACCUAUUACCACGGCCAGACGGAGCAGUGCGUCCCCUGCCCCGCCGGCACCUACCAGGAGAAGGAAGGGCAGCUCUCCUGCGACCUGUGUCCCCGCGGUGAUGCUUUCGGACCGGUGGGAGCCACCAACAUCACUGGCUGCACGGGUCAGUGUCCACCCGGCCAGCACUCGGCCGAUGGCUUCAAGCCCUGCCAGCCGUGUCCCCGUGGGUCCUACCAGCCCGAGGUGGGGCGGGCGCUUUGCUUCCCCUGCGGCGGGGGGCUGACCACCCGCCACGAGGGAGCCCUCUCCUUCCAGGACUGCGACACCAAAGUCCAGUGCUCCCCCGGGCAUUACUACAACACGAGCGUCCACCGCUGCAUCCGCUGCGCCGUCGGCACCUACCAGCCCGAUUUUCGGCAGAAUUACUGCAUUGCCUGUCCCGGCAACACCACCACCGACUUUGAUGGCUCCACCUCCGUGUCCCAGUGCAAAAACCAGCAGUGCGGGGGGGAGCUGGGCGAGUACACAGGCUACAUCGAGUCCCCCAAUUAUCCGGGGAAUUACCCCGCCAACGUCGAGUGCACCUGGAACAUCAACCCGCCACCCAAGCGCAAGAUCCUCAUUGUGGUGCCGGAGAUCUUCCUUCCCUCCGAGGACGAGUGCGGCGACGUCUUGGUCAUGCGGAAAAACUCCUCCCCGUCCUCCAUCACCACCUACGAGACGUGCCAGACCUACGAGAGGCCCAUCGCCUUCACCGCCCGCUCUCGCAAACUGUGGAUCAACUUCAAAACCAGCGAGGCCAACAGCGCCCGGGGCUUCCAGAUCCCCUACGUCACCUACGACGAGGACUAUGAGCAGCUGGUGGAGGACAUCGUGCGGGACGGCAGGCUCUACGCCUCCGAAAACCACCAGGAGAUCCUCAAGGACAAGAAGCUCAUCAAAGCUUUCUUCGACGUGCUGGCCCACCCCCAGAACUACUUCAAGUACACGGAGAAACACAAGGAGAUGCUGCCCCGCUCCUUCAUCAAACUCCUCCGCUCCAAAGUCUCCAGCUUCCUCCGGCCUUACAAAUAG